AUGAUCCGUGCCAGUCGAUUGCUCAGGGCAGUGGGUAUGAAAACCAUCUACGACUUUCAGGUGAAUGGGGCCGAUGGAAAGCCCUACGACCUCGCGCAGCACAAGGGGCACCCGCUGCUGAUCUACAACGUCGCGAGUAAGUGCGGCUACACGAAGGGUGGCUACGAGACGGCGACGACGCUCUACAACAAGUACAAGGGCCAGGGCCUCACGGUGCUGGCGUUUCCGUGCAAUCAGUUCGCCGGCCAGGAGCCGGGGACGGCGCAGGAGGUGAAGGAGUUUGCCUGCACACGCUUCAAGGCGGAGUUCCCCAUCAUGGCGAAGAUUGACGUGAAUGGCGGCAAUGCCCACCCGCUGUAUGAGUUCUUGAAGGAGACGAAGCCCGGCAUUUUUGGCAGCAAAGCCAUCAAGUGGAACUUCACGUCGUUCCUCAUUGACAAGAACGGUGUCCCCGUGGUGCGGUUUUCGCCUGGUGCCUCAGUGGAGCAAAUUGAGAAGGAGCUUUUGCCACUGCUUCGUGAUUCCAAGGUCUGA